ACUUCUUCGCCGUGUUUAGUUUACAAUUUUGUGUUGUUUUUUUGUUAGCUUUUGAAUUAUUAAUAAUUUUAGUAUUGUGAAAUUUUUAUUUAUUACCAAGACAAGCAUUUGUUUUGUCACAUUUUAUUAAAAGCUAUAUAUGUAUAUAUAUUAAACAUAUCAUUAUGAGGGGGAAUACGCGAAUCAGGAGCGUUUAGACAAGUGCCAAAGAACAAAUGGUCUGAGUAAUCCACACUAAAACUUUUUCAUUUGAUUUGCUUACAAAAAUGCCAAUUCGUCACGUGUACAGAUGGAUUAUUCGGACCUUUUUGCUUCUAACCCUGCUAUUGUGUUGCUAUAAUGAAAUUCUUGUGUAUCGUUUUAAUCGGUCUUCUUGGCAAGAGAUAAACUGUCAUUAUGAAAAUUGCACGCGAAUUUUGUUUAUUGCCGACCCCCAACUCUUAGGUGAAACCAAUGAUAAAUCCUUUCACAGUGGGCUGGCUCGGUAUGAUUCAGAUAGGUAUUUACAUCGUACUUUUCAACAAGCCUUAAUAUUUACCCAGCCUCAUAUUAUUUGUUUCUUGGGAGACUUAUUGGAUGAGGGUAAUGUGGCAUCUCCACAUGAGUUUCAAAAUUAUGUUAAACGUUUUAGAUACAUCUACCAAACAGAGACUGAUAUACGAUUCAAAAUGAUUUCCGCCUUCCAUCAGCUUGUACAUGUGCCAGGUGAUAAUGAUAUUGGUGGAGAAAAUGGCGAAUAUAUUUCGAAUUUAAAUAUACAUCGUUUUGAAGAGGCUUUCACACGACGAGACAUAUUCGACUAUGAGGCAAAUUUGCGAUUUUUCAAAAUUAAUCGCAUGAUGUUGGAUUUUACAAAUCCAGAUAAGACACACAAUCAUCAGAAACUGCGCAUUGGUUUAUCCCAUGCUCCACUUCUCAUAGGAGGCGGACCUCUGUUGCGUUCAGUCAUCAGUGAACUGGAUCCCCAUGUCAUAUUCUCGGGUCAUUGGCAUGAGUCUCGUAUAUUUAUAUACCCCUCAACAAAGGUCAUCAAUUUUUAUGAUAGAUCUGUAAAACAUUUCAAUUUGAAAGAACUUAAGGAGAAGCAACAUAGCUUUUUGGAAAUUAUGGUACCUACAUCAUCGUAUCGCAUGGGAAAGGUACAUAUUGGCAUUGGCUAUGGUGUGCUUGAAAAUUAUGAUCUCCGUUACACCGUCCUAUGGCUCCCCAACCGUUUUGUUUAUCUAUUUAUCUAUCUGUUUUGGCUUAUAUUUUCAUUCAGCAUUAUAUUGGUUUGUCGAAUGAUGUAUCGUUGCCCAUUUCGGAAAAUCUCCAAACGCCAAACUCAGUACCAACGAAUUUCGGAUGGUAUACCUGAUUAAGGAUCUCCGAUAAGUCCAACUUUGAAUUUAUGAAACCUAUUUAUUUACUAUAAGCUAAAAAGACUAGUCAGAUAUGCAGCAUUAAACAAGCAUAAGUUUAAAAAAA